CCCCCCUGCAGCAUGUUGCCCGCCCAGGCUACUUUGGGAGAAGGCGCGGAAAUCAGAGAUCUGUGCCAAUUAGGUUAGCGCCGGGUGCGAAGCCUCCCAGAGAGGACCCAGGCGCCCCCUAGCGGGCGCGGUGAAGCCGCAAUACAGGAGGCACCAGCGGCCCGCGGUCCCAGGUCGGAAACCAGUGCCCCAGGCGGCAAGCGGCGCGGCGCCGAGAUGCUGCGGGUCGGAGAAGUCCACACUGGGACAACCAUCAUGGCAGUGGAGUUUGACGGAGGUGUUGUGGUGGGUUCUGAUUCCCGGGUGUCUGCAGGAGAGGCGGUGGUAAACCGGGUGUUUGACAAGCUGUCCCCACUACACCAGCACAUCUACUGUGCUCUCUCUGGUUCAGCUGCUGAUGCCCAAGCCAUGGUUGACAUGGCCGCCUACCAACUGGAGCUCCACGGGUUGGAACUGGAAGAACCUCCGCUUGUUCUGGCUGCUGCCAACGUGGUGAGGAAUAUCAGUUAUAAGUAUCGGGAGGACCUGUCCGCGCAUCUCAUAGUAGCCGGCUGGGACCAACGUGCCGGGGGCCAGGUGUAUGGAACCCUAGGAGGAAUGCUGACUCGGCAGCCCUUCGCCAUCGGUGGCUCCGGCAGCGCCUAUAUCUACGGCUAUGUGGAUGCAGCAUAUAAGCCGGGCAUGGCCCCUGAGGAGUGCAGGAGCUUCACCACAGAUGCUAUCGCUCUGGCCAUGAAUCGGGAUGGCUCUAGCGGGGGCGUCAUCUACCUGGUCACUAUUACAGCUGCUGGUGUGGACCAUCAAGUGAUCUUGGGUAAUGAGCUGCCGAAAUUCUAUGACGAGUGAAUCUUCCUCAGACCUCCCUUCAUCAUUUUGUAAUAAACUCUCUCAGACCAGAA